CAGUAAGUGAGCACAUGUUCCACUCAAGCUAGGAGUAAACAUUGGAUUUUUGAAUUCAGUUGAAGAUUUUGAGCUCUAGGGAGUCUUCGAAGACCUUGGGGCGAUAUAUUUUGGCUCUGAACUGAAGCUGGCCAACAUUAUCCUCACUGGACUGCUAUCACAUGACUUUUGUUGACACAUAGUUCUACUGUGAUGUGAGGAGGUUUUUGGAGUCGCGGGCAGGUGUGAUGCUGGGUCACUCCUCUUGAAAGACAAACAGUUAAGAGCCUUAAAAACUAGAAAACACACCAAAUGGGGUCAUCAACUUCUCAUCAGGGCUAGCUUCCUGUGUCACACCUGUACUUCAAAACACUGUGUAAAAUGUGAAUGCUUUCUUUCACUGACGUUACUUCUCGAACUUUUCUUGGCAAGGUGGAUUUUUCACUGAUCUGUGAGAACUUUUCCUCCUCCAGUCAUGAGCUUUGAGGUUUACAAUGUGCUCCUGACUGUCCAGCUCUUGCUCCUCCACACCUGGCAUGGGAGCUGUCAUCCUCAGUGUUUAGACUACAAGCCUCCAUUUGGGCCCCGGCAGCCCCUGGUCUUCUGUAAGGAGUACUCCAAGUUUGGAUGCUGUGACCUGGAGAAAGAUGAAGCCAUAUCGCUCAAGUUCCAGAAUAUCAUGGCAAGCUUUGACCAUUCAGGCUUUGUCACCUGUGGCAAGUACAUACGCAGCAUCCUCUGUCAGGAGUGCUCUCCCUAUGCAGCCCACCUGUUUGAUGCAGAAGAUGCCAACACACCCAUGCGUCUGCUGCCUGGCCUGUGUAAGGACUAUUGCCUGAACUAUUGGAACCAGUGCCGUUACACCCUAAGCCUGCUGCUGGAGGACCAGGGCAGCCCAUAUCUGCACUACAACAUGACGUCUAUGUUAGAGGAGGACAGCAAACUCUUCUGUGACUUCCUGGUGCUCAAAGACCGCCAGUACUGCUACCCCAAUGUCCUGAGCAAUGAAGAGCUGAAUGCUAACCUGGGGUCUGUGCGAGAGGACCCUAAAGGCUGUCUGGAGCUGUGUUUGGAGGAGGUUGCUAACGGACUGCGUAACCCUGUAGCUAUGAUCCACGCUGAUGACGGCUCUCAUCGCUUCUUUGUGGCCGAACAGCUGGGGUACGUAUGGGUCUACCUGCACAACGGCUCCAGGAUUGACAGACCUUUCCUCAACCUCACCCAGGCUGUGCUCACCUCACCCUGGACUGGAGAUGAGAGGGGGUUCCUCUGCAUCGCCCUGCACCCACGGUUUAGCACGGUGAAGAAAGCCUAUGUUUACUACUCUGUGUCAGUGAAGAAGAAGGAGAAAAUAAGAAUCAGCGAGUUCACACUUUCAGCGCAUGAUGACAACCAGCUCGACCACUCCUCUGAAAGGACCAUCCUUGAGGUAGAUGAGCCAGCGUCCAAUCACAAUGGCGGCCAGCUUCUGUUUGGUCAUGAUGGUUAUCUGUACAUCUUCAUUGGUGAUGGGGGGCGUGCUGGUGACCCUUUUGGAAAGUUUGGCAAUUCACAAAACAAGUCCACUCUUCUGGGCAAAGCGUUGAGGAUCGAUGUGGACAAUAACGAUGAUCGAGAGCCUUACAGCAUCCCAUCUGACAACCCUUUUGUGGGGGAGAAGGAAUCUAAACCAGAAAUAUAUGCCUAUGGAGUCCGUAACAUGUGGCGCUGCUCCAUUGACCGUGGUGACCCAGUGACGGGCAGCGGCAGAGGCAGGAUGUUCUGUGGAGACGUGGGACAGAACAAAUUUGAGGAAGUGGACAUCAUAGAGAAAGGAGGGAACUAUGGCUGGAGAGCAAAAGAGGGCUUCAGCUGCUAUGACCGGAAACUCUGUCAGAACUCGUCUCUGGAUGACAUACUACCUAUCUUUGCGUACCCUCACAAACUGGGCAAAUCCGUGACGGGGGGGUACAUCUACCGGGGCUGUCAGAUGCCAAACCUCAAUGGGCUCUACAUUUUUGGAGACUUUAUGAGCGGACGUCUGAUGUCUCUGAAGGAAAAUGCCCUGACAGGUGAAUGGCAGUAUAAUGAGAUCUGUAUGGGGCGAGACCAAACCUGCCGCUUCCCCAAACUCAUCAACAGCUACUAUAAGUAUAUCAUCUCCUUCGCUGAGGAUGAGGCAGGGGAAUUGUACUUCUUGGCUACAGGCUCUCCCAGCGCUACAGCCAGAGCAGGAGUCAUAUAUAAAAUAGUGGACCCAUCUAGGCGUGCACCUCCAGGAAAGUGCAGUGUAAAGCCUUCCCCUGUCAAGAUAAAAGGAAAACUCAUUCAUUUUCAUCCUAAGGAAGAGUUUGUAAUUGACAAGAAGCCCACCACAACUCCUGUCCCCACCACAACGAAAAGCACAACAACCACCACAAGAAGACCCCCACCCCCCUUGAAACCCCCCGUCUUUAAACCCACACCCCCGCGCCGGAAGCCCAAAACAACAACUGUCCCAACUACGACCAGGGCUCCGACCAAGAGUCCAACCCAAAAACCUACCACCAUCACCACCACCACAUUACCUCCGACCACUGAGACCAAAGCUGCCCCCAGCACAGCCACUGGUAGACCCCACUCUCCCCUUGAUCUCCCCGCUCCCCCCACUCUCAAGUCCACCGUUCAUGCCUCAGACAGGGCAGGCCCCACCAUGACACGGGGCGGAGGUGUGCUGACCACAGCUUCACCUAGGACUAGCCCCCGCACCUCUACACCACCUGUGUCUGGGACAACCCCCCGGCCGCCAUAUUGGAACCCAAAACCUACAUCAGCUUUGCACAAAACUACCAGAACUUCACCUGACAGCACCCAAAUAUCAACCAAAGAGGACAAGGUACGACUUGGAGAGAAGCUGGCUGAUACUCGCGAGGGCAAUCAGAUCUACAAAAAGCCCCGGCGCAGAGGACACAGGAGGGGUAAGAAGCUGCGGGCGGGCUCUGUACGCCUCAUCAGUGCAGAUGGUCUACCGGACAGGGGCAGAGUGGAGAUCUACAUCCGCGGAGAGUGGGGGUCAGUGUGUGAUGACCUCUUCACUAGAGCGGCUGGUACUGUGGUGUGCAGACAGCUGGGGUACAGCAGUGCUAGAGCAGUCAUGAAAAGAGCCAUUCUGGGAGCAGCUGAGGACGAUGUUAAAAUACAACUGGACAAUGUUGAGUGUAUGGGAACUGAGGGUUCACUACUGGAGUGCAAGAGGUCCAAAGUAGGAGUACAUAACUGCUCACACAAGGAGGACGUGGGGGUCAUCUGUGGCUAUGAGGCUUAGUUCAAAUUGGUUCUAUAAUGUUUAGUUGGCCUUGUUAGACUUAGAGCACGUGCAUCAAAUUGUUGCCCUUAGUUUAAAUCAUGUGCCCUAUAAAUAUAAAGUUAAAAUGGCCAUUGUAAGCAGCAUAACUGUAGCUGGGUUACCAGUGGCUUCAAGGGGCAUGAUAAUUAAGACAAUAGUAAUUGCUGAAACAAAAUUAACCUGUUUUUGCAUUAUCGAUAAAUCUGGCUUGCAAAAAUUGCACAUUUUUUCAUAUUUGGGGUUUUAUAUGAAAUGUAAAUGUUUUACUAUGGAAAUAUUUUUAUGAAUGUAUUUUUAAAAGAAAAACACAUAAAUGCUGAGCAUUGUGCACAAUGAAUGUAAAAGUUUAGCAGACACCAAUUUGUAGUAAAAUGAAUAAAGCAGACUCAAUGACUGAAU